AUGCCCAACAUGUGCUGGCAGCUGUUUUGUUUUGCGAUGCUGCUGUUUCUUUUUUUGCUGAUGAUGUGUGGCAGCAGCGAGGCUGUGAACGCGAACGGGAGUAACUCGAGAGUCAGUCUGUUUGAGGGAGGGGUGACAGAAAUGACUGAUGCGGAAAAUUCCACAAUGAAGCAGAAGUUUGACUCGUUCUUUGCCCCUUCUCUGGUCAGCGUAAAUGGCGUGGUUGUGGCGUUCGCUGAGGCGCAUUACAAAAGUGCCACGGACGAAAAGUUGUAUGUUGGUAUUGCCGCGAAGUCGAUGCAAAAUGAUGAAAGGACGUGGACAGAGGGGAGUGCGAUAGUGCUCGAUCACUAUGACGUGCAGGUUUACCGCAUGCUGCGUCCAACGCCCAUUGUGGAGGACAACGACGUGGAUGUUCUUCUUGGCUGCUACGGCGACUCAGGGGAACCAUUGACUGCGGAGACUGCGGGCGUCUAUUGGUCUCCCAGGGAGGCGAAUGGAAAGGUUUUGAUAGAUGAUAAUGGGCGGAAAAAGACGUUUGGGUGGCAUCAGCAAAGCACUUCGCCUGUCUCCACCACUGUUUUGGCGGGUUUAAGAUCCUUCAAACAAUUUUUGGGUGGUGGUGGCGCAGGAAUUCGGCUGGGGGACAAAUCCUUUGUGCUGCCUGUUCAGGCUUUGAAGGAUGAUGGGAAGAAGGUUUCUUUGCUCAUCCUUGCAAAAUCUACUUCGUACGGUUGGGAGUUCUCGGGGGAGGUGAGUGAUGCCGGCUGCCUCCAGCCUGCCGUGCUUGAGUGGAAAGAAAAUGAACUCCUCAUGAUGACGUCGUGUGCGGACGGCUCCCGCAGAGUGUACUGGUCGACUUCUAAAGGGAAGUCAUGGACAGAGGCUGUCAACACCCUUUCGCGCGUGUGGGGCAACUCACCAGACCGUGCAAAGGACGGCGUCCAGGGCGGCUUUAUUUCCGCUACCAUCGAUGAGAAGAAAGUCAUUCUUUUCAGCCAGCCGGUGUACUCUGCCGGGGCAAAAGAAGAAGAAGAGGGGAAACUGCACUUGUGGCUCACCGACAUGAAACGAAUUUAUGAUGUUGGACCGAUCUCCAUUCAGGGAGAGCACGCCGCCGCCAGUACGCUGCUGCACACCGCAUCGGAGGAGGGAAGAGAGGGAGGGGAGCUGUACUGUGCCUACGAGGUUACUGCUAAGGACCAACGCAGCAUUGCUUUUGUUGAGUUGGAGGCGGAGUUGGAAAAAAUAAAGAAGGUGCUGGAGGCUUGGAAGGAAAAGGACAAGCACGUUAUGGAGAGCUACAACUGCACGGAUGAAAAGUGUUUACGGCCACAAGAUGAGGAUGUCGGCACUGGUGCCCUCACUGAAGGGCUGGCUGGAUUUUUGUCUAGCAAGUCAAUUGAUGCUGACAGCAAGUGGAAGGACGAGUACCUCUGCGUGGAUGCAACAGUGCAUGGCAAGGUGGAAGGUACUUCCAGCGGGCUGAGGUUCAACGGCGCAGGAGCGGGGGCGGAGUGGCCUGUGGGCAAGCAGGAGCAGAUUCAACGGUACAACUUCGCAAAUUAUGCGUUCACGCUUGUGGCGAAGGUGACCAUAAACGCGGUGCCCGGGGACGGCGAUGGCUCUAUUCCAUUGAUGGGUGCGAAGAUGAAUGACGGAGAUAAUUCUGUGCUCUUUGGACUGUCGCACACGAAAGACAAAAAGUGGGAGGUGACGUUCAACGGUGAGGUUUUGGCGUUGUCGACUGACGAAAAGUGGGAAGAGGGAAAAACGUACCACGUGGCACUGGCGAUGGAUCACGAUGAUGGGCUGGCUGUGUACGUUGGUGGCACGAGUAUAUACGACAGCGAAGACGAUGAUGAUGAGGACGGAAAAGGCGUUUCUGACAAGUUGCAGAAUCUGUUGAAGUUGCGCAGGAUCUCGCACUUCUACUUUGGCCGGGGCAGUGGCGGUGCGGGGGGUGCAGGCGGCGGCAUUGACGUGACGGUGGCCGACGCCCUGCUGUACAACCGCAUGCUGAGUGCCGCUGAGCUCGCAGCGCUAACGAACACCUCCCCCGCUCCUCCUGGGAGAGAAGCUGAAACGGGAGUCUCCAACCGGGGAGGUGCACCGCCAAGCGCGGAUGAGGAGGACGCCAAUGAACCCACCGAGGAACCCGCAGAGGAAACCCACGUCGGUUCCCCGGAGCAACAAGGAAGUCUGCAACCACAAGAAACACGUGACACACUGGCACCUGCUGGAGACUCUCUUGACUCCAAAGCGGACGAAGAGGAUGAGGAGGAUAAAGCGGGAGUGGAAGAGAAACACGCAGAUGAGGGCAGUGAUAAAUCGGCGGCGCCGUCCUCCUCUUCAGAACCGGCUGCGGGCGCUGGAGACGAAAAAGCUGAAACUGAGAUGGCUGCCAGUGGGCAAGUCCCUGAGCAGGAACACGAGCACUCGCCUCCCGCCCCCGAAUCAGCCACGGGGAGGCAGGUGGUCAGCGAUUCUCCGCAGAAGGAAUCCAACGACGAUCAGGCGCAGCAGCAAGCUUCGUCGCAUGCUCCAGCGAUCGAUGGAGGCGUGCAAAUUAAUUCCGCCACGCCCACCAACGGCAGGCCAAACGUUUCCGCCGAAGAAAAUGGCGCAGAACCCCAAACUGCAGCGGAUGGCUCUACCGACGCCUCUGAGCGCAAUACAAAUCACGGGCCUGGGCAGCCAGGCGUCCCGCCAGUACCCGGUGCGGCAGCGCACUUCAAAAACGGCUCUCUUCAUUCGAAGAACUUUACGGGGUUGUUGCGGAUGAACACAAGUGGCGACGGCACAGUGCGUGGGUGUGUGGCUCGGCUGUUGCUGUUGGCUCUACUGGGGCUGUGGGGCAUUGCCGCCCUCCCUACUUAA